AUGGCUGCUGAAGAUAACGAAAACGCUUUAAGGACUUUAAUAGAAAAUUAUUUUUAUUCAGGAUAUAAAUACAGCGAAAUAGUCUUACUUCUAGACAAGCAUCAUGCCGUAAAAAUGUGUUGUAGAACUUUAAAAGAAAACUCAGAGAAUAUGGUUUCAAAAACGAAAAAUGAUGAUUGUAUUGAUGACGAUAGGCUAAAAGAAACUAUUCGUCAGCUAAUAAAUGAUGCUGGAAGCUUGUCAGGAUAUCGAACAAUCUGGCAUACCCUGCGUCGUCGAUUCCACGUACACGUUUCACGUAAAAAAGUGGCAUUAAUAAUGAAGGAAAUUGAUCCACAAGGUGUCCAGCAAAGCUAUGAGAAAUUAAAGCCCUAUGGAUUCCCUAUUCAUGGGGCUAUAGAUGGUUACAGCCGACGGGUAAUUUGGCUUGAAGAGGUAAAAUCCAACAACGACCCAAAAGUGCCUGCAAAUCUUUUUCUUAAAAGUGUAAAAGAAAACCUCGGAUGUCCACUUCUAUUAUGGAGUGACUGUGGCACAGAGAAUGGAUUGGCGGCUUCAAUGCAAUGUUAUUUUAGAGAUAAUGGGACAGAUGACUUGGCAGGAGAGAAUGCUCAUCGCUAUGGUUCUUCUCACGCAAACCAGAGGAUAGAAAAUUGGUGGUCGUACUUUCGUCGUAGUCGAAGCAACUGGUGGAUUAAUUUUUUUAAAGGUCUAGUUCACGAUGGGGUUGUUCUUCUUGGAAACUUAAUUCACAUGGAGUGCCUCUGGUUUUGUUUCCAAUCUGUGCUACAAAAUGAACUAAAUGAUAUAAUUGACCACUGGAACACUCACUAUAUCCGACGUUCGCGAUAUGAUACUAUACCUGGCGUGCCAAAUCGUCUUUACUUUUUACCACAAUUAACUGGUGGAGCUGACUACAUUGUCCAAGUGCCAACAGACAAAAUUAACGAAAUGGAGGAAGAAUGUGAGAUGGAAGAAGGACUAAAUGACUACAAAGAGUAUUUCGAACAUGUAAUGGAAAUAAAAGGACUACGUCUUCCAAAUAAUGCAACUGAAGCAUUAGCACUAUUUCAAUGCUUAGUAGAAACUGCUAAUGAUAAGGAUUAAAUGUUAACGGGAAAAUCGACAAAAAAAACAUGAGUUUCACGUCAUGGACAAACCAGGCACGACGUUUGACUUUUGCUGUAAAUGUUGUUUACGUACACUAGAGUGUAAGCGAAUAACCAUA